UCUCCCCUGUGCAGGUGACAGGCAGGUGGCUCCGACCAGCCCAGCCCCAGCAUGAGCUCCUUCGACCUCCAGGCGCCCUCCCCACCUCGCUGCGGUCCCCAGUUCCCCAGCAUCGGCCAGGAGCCCCCGGAGGUGAACCUGUACUACGAGAAUUUCUUCCACCCACAGGGGGUGCCCAGCCCUCAGCGGCCCCCCUCCUUCGAGAGUGGCGGCGAGUAUGGGGCCACCCCCAACCCCUACAUUUGGCUCAACGGGCCAGCCAUGACCCCACCGCCCUACCUGCCGGGCACCAACGGCAGCCCCUUCCUGCCCCAGGCCUACGGAGUGCAGAGGCAGCUGCUGCCCAGCAUGUCCGGGCUGGGGGGCGGCGACCUGGGCUGGCUGCCCAUCCCCUCGCAGGAGGAGCUGAUGAAGCUGGUGCGGCCCCCCUACUCCUACUCGGCUCUCAUCGCCAUGGCCAUCCACGGCGCGCCCGACAAGCGCCUUACCCUCAGCCAGAUCUACCAGUACGUGGCCGACAACUUUCCCUUCUACAAUAAGAGCAAGGCUGGCUGGCAGAACUCCAUCCGCCACAACCUGUCUCUCAACGACUGUUUCAAGAAGGUGCCCCGCGACGAGGACGACCCGGGCAAAGGGAAUUACUGGACCCUGGACCCCAACUGUGAGAAGAUGUUUGAUAAUGGAAAUUUCCGCAGGAAGAGGAAGAGAAAAUCAGAUGUUUCCUCUGGCGUGGGCUCCUUGGCCUCAGAGAAAACAGACACCAGUCUCCUGGUGGGCAGCCCCAAGGCCACAGAGGCCCAGGACAUCUUGGACGGCACUUCGCCAGGAGCCACCAGCUCCACAGACAAGCGUCCCUCCCCUCCCCCGCCAGGCACCCCAUGCCUCAACAACUUCCUUUCCUCCAUGACAGCCUAUGUGAGCGGGUCGAGUCCCAUGAGCCGCCCUGUGGCGACACCAGGACUGAGCCCUGAGCCCACUGACAAGAUGGCACAGAACUUGCUCAACUUCAGCUCCUACACCCCACUCACCAACCUCAGCAGCCACGGCGGCGGGGGUGAGUGGGCCAACCCUGUGCCCACCAACGCUCUCGGCUACAGCAGCUCUGUCCUCAACCAGUUCAGUCCUCAUUUCUACAACAGCAUCAACACGAACACUGUCCUCUACCCCAGGGAGGGCACUGAGGUCUAGAACAGGCUCCCGAGCCAGAUGGACAUGCCUGAGAGAAAAGCAGUUGAGUGCUCCAUGCCAGCAUCCCUAUGUCCAAGGCCUCUGAACUGUUCAGCCAUAGACAGGAGGCUCAGAGCAAUUCUUCCUUUUUCUAGGAUAUUGUGUAAGCCUUCUGUUUAUCACAUAUAUAUCCACACACACACACAACUUUGCAAUGGAAACUCUGAUAAGUGGAUACCAGUAACCAUAGCCGCCAUUUGUUGAGCACUUACUAUGUGCUGGGUGCUUCCCAGGCUUUUUAAAGACACAAUCACACUUACUAUUUACAGUCACCCUGCAGGAUUCAUAUGAUCCUCCCCAUUUAACAGAUGAGGAAACUGAGGCUUGAGGACAUUAAGUAACUUCCCAAGGUCAUACAAACUAGUAAGCGGCAGGACCAGGAGUUAAGUCUGAGUCUAUGUGACCCCCAAAGUUUGGGCCAACAAAGGCAAGGUGGAGGUAUUAGUUGAGCAGCUAAGAUCAGUGUGAAAGCUGAUGAUGGCAAGCUUUCCACUGCCUUCCAGCUCUCUGCGUUUAGCAGCAGCCCUGGGAAUAUCUCAUCUUGGUCCAAGUCCUUAUUCUGUGGCUCCUUUUGCUGACACUCAAGGAGGCCCACAUCUCUUCCCAACAGCAUGUCCAGCCUCUCCCCACAGGGGGAUGCUGCUCCACCAGCUCUGGAGAGGCCUUGAGCAGAGCAGGAGAGGAGGGUGCACCACAAGCUCCCUACCCGAACCCAGUGCUGCCCACCUACUAAAGUCUUGUAAAGUCCGCUUCCUGUGUGCACGUCAUGGACCAGUGAGCUAGAGGUGGCUGGGUCUUCCAAGAGAAACAAGGCUGAAUAAGCCCUUCCUUUUUUAUAGUCCAGGAGAGGUGAAUGUCAGAAAACAAUGCCUCGGGAGGGGCCAGCAGCCUGCUGCACAAGGGUCUGUGCAGGCAGCAUCCGGGGUUUUCUCUUGUUUUGUAUGUACUUCAUCAUGGCACACCCUGGGAAGUGUCUGUUUUCUUAUUUUAGUUUUUAAUUAAAAAAAUAUCUGCA